AUGGGUACGGAUCAGAUAGAGGGAUUACUGGAGUCACCAGUAGAGACUACAGUUGGCGAAGUAGCAAAGGGUGUACCGAUCGCUUCCUACCGAUUGCGAUGCCGUCGACUAAAGUGUUCUUCGCAUAACUUUUGCUGCAGCGAAGAGAAUAGUAAUAGAGAUGACAAUAUAUUUUCCUUUGCAAUUGAUGGUAAUGAAGAAGAAGAAGGACAAGAGACUACAGCAGCAUUAGAGGAGAGUUCUCAUCUCUGCCCUGCUGCCCGUUACGGUCAUUCUCUAACGGAGAUACAGUCGGAUGUACUUUUUCUCUUUGGAGGUGUAUCAAAGAACAGAGAGUAUUUAAAUGAUGCUUGGAUACUACAAUUACGUGAUGCUGAAGUUGUAUCUACACAGAUGCAAGUUUCUGGAGAUGUGCCGUCUGGGAGAUUUGGUCAUUCCGCUCACCGUUGUUUAAAUGGUGAAAGUGUUAUUAUUUUUGGUGGUUCCAAUAAUACAGAAUUGUAUAAUGAGAUGUAUGUUGUUUCUGUAUUUCCCUUAUUAAAUCAUCAACAUGCUGUAUUCCGCCGUAUUAGUUUCUCUCAACUUGCAGUAAUGCCUCAUCAAAUGAGGUCCAUGGGUAACUCCAUUUCAUUUCUUCAUAAUGACCAUAACAGUGGUUCUUCUAGUAAUAGGAGUGUCGCUAAUUAUAUUACAAAUUCGUAUACAACUACUACAACUAAUACAACUAGUACAACUAGAAAUUCGUUUUUAUUUUCUUCUUCUUCUUCUUCAUGGCCCAGUGCACGUCGGUCUCACACACUAACCCCUAUACCUGAUGGAAAGGCCAUUUUGUUUGGUGGACAUGCCAUUACUUCUGUAAAUGAUGUUUGGUUAUUAGAUGAAACAACAUUUGAGUGGAAACGCAAAGAGACAAGUGGAAUAAACCCACAUGAUCCUCUUAGUGAAAUGCCGGCUCCACGUUACUGUCAUUCUGCCGUUGUCUAUCCACCACCAACAGAAGGAAAUAUAGAGACAAGUGUGGAAAGAUGUUUAUAUGUAUUUGGUGGAGUUCUCUUUUCACGCGGAGGAGAUAAUGUACUUUGGGAAUUAAAUCUCUCUUCAUUUGUGUGGAGAGCCGUAAAUGUUUGGGGAAAUUUUACUCCACCUGCACGAUUUGGGCACACCGCGUGUAUUUUAUCACAGUGUAUGAUUAUAUUUGGUGGAACGGAUAAAUUUCCCUGUGGUCGUACUCUUGAUGAUUGUUAUAUUUUCAAAUUUCCUUCAUUACAAUGGCAACCUUUUCAUUAUGCCUAUUCUCAAAGAUUAACUACAAGUCUUUUCUUAUCUUGUAAUACUUCUUCACGUAUAUCCUCGGAAGAUGAAGAUACCCUACAAAGACGUCGUUCUAUGAUUAAUCACAUUCACACAGCCCUUUGCUGUAAUCAUCAACAACAACAACAUCAAUUACUGCAGGGGGAGGAGGAUUUAGGGAAUAAUUGUAUUCCAGCUGGUCGUCGUUCACAUGCUGCUGUCCAAUCAUCUCGUGGUAAAAUUAUUAUAUUUGGAGGAUGGGAUGGUACUCGUGUGGAUAAUGAUUGCUUUCAGCUGAUGCUUGCACCUUCUACACUGCGUGAGUGGUCGUAUGAUUUUCUCGUUAGCGCACGCCGCUUUAACUGUUAA